AUGAAAAAUUAUCAAAUACUGAACGUGAAAGCGUUUUAUGCCACAGAUACAGCAGGCGAGGAAGAUAAAUUCGAUGCAGACAAAAACAAACUCUUUUAUAGGAUCAGACGAAUUCGCCGUGCACCCAAUUCUUCAGACUCUUGCUUUUUCGACACAAAAAGAGCUGAUUCUGGUCGAAAACAAAGAUGUAAGUAAUACAAAUUUGCUAUUGAAUCCAAACCAAAUGGUUAAGGUGACCAACAAGAUCAACUGGGAAAAUGAGCGAAGAAGAGUCAGCGUCAUUUCAUUGAACGUAAGUUAAUUUGUUUUUGAGCAUGUUAAAAUUUUUUCUAGUUUCGAACAGACGGAAGUCAGAUCGUGGCAAUUCUUGCUGACGGACGGGCUCUUGUUGUCGACGAGGGAGCCGUGAUGGAGCUGGAUGUGGCAGAGAUUUCCGACACGACGGUGACUGCCGCCGAGUGGACUGCAGAUGAGCAGACUCUUGCUCUCGCUGACAAUAAUACUCUUUAUCUGUCCGACCCUUCGUUAGUUCCAUUUGUCGAGAGACCUCUUCACUUUUCGGAAAACGAUAGAAAAUCGGCACCAGUGAAUGUUGGAUGGGGAUCUGAGAGCACACAGUUCAGAGGAUCAGCUGGAAAGUUAAAGGUGGAACAUUUCAGUUUAGAAUAAGUAUAAUUCAAACUGUAUUCAGCCAGGAGAGAGUUCCGAAAAGGAGCGGGAAAUACUUCAACAACAUUCGAAAAGAACGUCUGUUCAUUGGAGAUGGGACGGAGAAAUUGUGGCUGUGUCCUUCUACUCCGAUCAGCAGGACAUCAGAAAUAUGGCGGUAUUUCCUAUUAAAUCAGCCCGGAUUAAUAUUUUCUCCAGAUUUUUGACCGGAACGGAGAGAUUCUAAAUAUGCUGAAUAUUCGAAACAUCUAUCUUUCUCACUGCUUCGCCCACAAACCAAACGCCAACCUUCUAGUGUCUUCCGUUUUGGAAAAAGAUUCCGAUGAUCGUCUGGUGUUCUACGAGCGUAACGGAGAGACCAGGAACAGCUACGUCGUCAAAUAUCCGAGAAACCACAACGGAAGCAAAAGGUGUAUCGAACGAAUCGAGUGGAAUUCGACUGGCCUCAUUCUUGCGAUACAAAUCUCUUCUGGGAUUCGCCAGACAUGUGAGCAUUGCAUUGCAUUUAAAAUUUAAAAACUAAAAUUCUGAAUUUUUCAGUGGAAUUUUGGAAUCUUUCCAAUUACGAAUUCACAAGAAAAUACAAUUGGACACUCGAAGAGAAUGAAGCGAUCACCUGGAAGUGGAGCACUGCGGAAAGCCAGAAUGUGGAAGUUCUGCUCGGUUCUGGCCAAUUCUUCUCCAUCCAUCUCGGUCUGGUCGCCUCAUUUUCCGACACCCUUUCGCAGAAUGUGGUGGUGUCGACGGAUGAGCUGAGAAUGUAUUCGCUGUGCCGACGCGUCGUACCUCCUCCGAUGUCCGAUUAUUCCAUCCAGUGUCCUUCCGAUAUUGUCGCCCAAAACACUUCUGCUCGCCGCGUUCACGUCAUCACGACCAAUCGGCAGAUUCUUUCUUGUUGGUCACUCGGUUCCUGUCUAUAAAUGUCCGGUGUUUCUUCAGACAGUCAAGAUAUUGAUGGAUACAAGUUCGACAGUGACCGUCUUUCCAUUUCUGCCGAUCUUCCAUCUGAUAUUUCGAGUGGUUUGAUCUGUGGAUUCGUAUUUGACGAGCUCACCGAUUCAUACAUCGUCUGGUCCGUCAAUCACGGAAAACACAUUGUCAGCAGAGUGGGCGUCUCCCCGGAAAAGUAACGUUUAGAAUCUCUAGAAUUCAUUUGUACAAAGCUAUCCCAGACUAUUCGAAAGUGACAACAUUGGAUGGAUCGGUGUGAAUCCUUUCACAAAAAAAGUCGAAAUUGCUGUGAACGACGGACAUUUCCUAGUUUUGGACACGAAAGAAAAACUGUUUCGAAUUGAAAAGUUCGAAGCAAUCGAGGUGCAUUUCACUCAAAAUCGCCACGUCAUUCUCGCUGACUCUGUUUUGUACAUCGAUUCUUCUCGAGUUUCCCAAGAAACCGCUUCCAUUCUGACCCGUCAAUCUGACAUUCUGCUCAUCGACUUUGACAACAAACUUCGAUUUGUCGACGUGGAAACUGCAAAGGCACUGGAAGACGUGCGUGACGUGGAAGCCGGAUGCGAACUCGUAGCUUGUGAUCCGAAUUCAGCGAACGUCGUCCUGCAAGCAGCGAGAGGAAACUUGGAAACAAUCCAGCCAAGGAGAUACGUGAUGGCUCAGACGCGCGAACUCCUCGAUCGGAAGGACUAUAUUCCGGCGUUCAAAUGGAUGAAGAAGCACCGAGUGGACAUGUCAUUUGCCAUGACAUACAAAGGCGACGAGUUGGAGAACGACGUGGGAGUGUGGCUCAAAUCGACGAGCGAUUCAGCGCUUCUGGAACAACUGAUAGUCAGUUGCACGGAAGUUUUCAACGAGGAAGGAAGUUCCUUGUGCACGGCCAUUCAUCAGCACAUCCAAAAGUUGGAAGACGUUGAGAAGAAGACAAAACUGUUCCCGCUUCUGCUCACUUCACUUCUCCGCUCAAAGCCUGUCAGAAUCAAUGAUGCUCUUAAAGAGAUUCAAGAACACGUAGAGAAGAUCGGUAGCAGAUGAAUACGUUUGACUUGACUGUAAUUCCAUUGUUUCAGAAACGCGAAAAGAUGUGUUCACCCGCAACAGCCUCCAUCACAUUUCCUUCUUUGUUCCUGCCAAAGAACUCUUCAAUUGUGCCCUCUCCACGUACGAUCUGAAACUAGCCCAACAAGUGGCAGAAGCGUCCAACUACGACCCGAAAGAAUAUCUUCCGGUGCUGAACAAGUUAAACAGAAUCCCAUGUGUUCUGGAGAGACGCUACAGAAUCAAUGUAGUCAGAGGAGCGUGGGUUGAUGCGAUCGCCUCUCUUCUGGUGCUUGAUUCGAGCCAAGAACGAGGUUCAGAGGAAACUUGGUGGAACGACACGAAGGAAAUUAUCGAAAGAGAGAACCUCCAUCAGAAUGCCCUGACUGUAGUCAAACCCGGAGAGAAACGGUACAAAGGCUGUUGUGAAAUGUACGCGAUCGAACUGGAAAAGAAGAUUCACUGGAAAGAAGCGGCGAUGUUCUAUGAGAUUGCCGGAAACUCGGAGAAGACUCUCAAAUGCUGGGAAAUGUCGAGAGAUGUCGAUGGAUUGGUUUCAUCCGCUCGCCGACUUGGAGUCGAUUCGGGCAAGUUGAAGAUCCACGCAAUCAAAAUGAGCGCAGCUCUGAGAGAAGGAAGACAGCCGGAAGCACUGGCCAAGGCCUUGAAAUUGGCAGGAUCCCCGAGCACUCAAGUUGUUCAGGCCUUGUGUGAUGCAUUCGAAUGGACGGCAGCGAGCAGAGAAGUGGAAGUGGGCAAGGAGGAAGGCUUGAGGAAAGCAGCUGCGGGAAGGAACGAGCAGUUGAUAAUGGAUAUAGAGAGAAAGACGAUAGAGUUCGAAAAGUACAGAAAGCGGCUAGUGGUGGUGCGAGAGAAUAAGCUGAAGAGAGUGGAACAGUACGCAGCAGGCGAGGUCGACGACCUGAGAGACGAUGGUUCGGUUAUCUCGAGUAUCAGUUCAAGGUCCGGAUCCUCGAAGGCAUCGAUGGCAUCGACUGUGAGAAGACGAAAACAGAUUGAGAAGAAGAAAGGUUCAUUGAAAGAGGGCGGAGAGUACGAAGACUCGGCUCUGCUUAACACACUCGCAGAGCACUAUCGUUGGUUGGAGCAGGUUGGAAGUGAGUUCUUCAGCACGACUGCAGGGCAAAAUGUGUGAAAUUUAGAAGAGUCAUCACAACUGAUUCCUGUGCUGAUGGCAGUCGGUCAUUUCGGAGAAGCCAUUGCUCUGAGAAAGGCGUACGACGAGCUCGCAUUGAAGUUGCAGAAGAGUAAAGCGGGAAUCUGGCCGGAGAACCUGUCAAUUCAGCAUCUUCCAGGCCCACUUUAUGCACUAGUGAGACGACUCUUUUCUCAUUCGCACUAAAGUCUUUCUAUUUUUCAGUUCGAUCCAAAUCUGCAACCAUCGCUCAUUCCGAUGCCUCCGCUCUUCCGUCUAGAACCGGAGCUCAUUGCGCCGGCAUCUUCAUUCCCUUCCGUAUUCCCGUGA